AUGCAGGGCACUUUAUAAGAGAAUGAAGCUAUAACUGACAUAUUUAGUUAAAUUAAGGAUGUAGAUGAACAACUCUUUGAUGUCGUUUUAGAAAUGCUUAUAAAGAAGAAGGUUUAAGAUUGCAUUGGAUAUCUUUCUAAAGAUGAAAAUCAAAAACAUAUAUAAUCAUAAAUCUAACAACAACAAGAGAAUAAAACCCAAGUUGACAAAGAAUAGAAAUUGUCUGUUAUUGUAAAUAACAUGAAAUAAAUUACAGAUGUCUUAAAAAAAUUAAAAGAUCAUGACUUUAAUUCCAAAGAUUUUUCCUCUAAAGAAAAAUAUGGAUCUACAUUAAGUCUAAUUAAUAACAUCUAGGGUAAUAGCUAGAUCAUCAAAUUUUUGUAAUUUUUAGUUCACCUUACAUCCUUAGAUACAACUUUAAUAUAAUGUGGGUCUAAUUCAUUACAUAUUUUAGUGUAGUUGAAAGUGAACCUUAGAAAUACAAAUUUUGAAAAUAUUAAGAUCUUAAACACUUCUUUAGUAGGAGCGAACUUUGUAAAAUGCAAUUUAAGCGGAUCAAAGUUAGAUAAUGUAGAUAUCAGUGGAUUAAAUUUGAAUGGUGCUUAAUUAUUCAAUUGCAAUUGGAAGAACAUAAAAAUAAAUGAAUUGAAUAAAUUGGAUGGACACAGCGGCAGUGUGAAUUCAGUAUGUUUCUCUCUUGAUGGAACUAAAUUAGCAUCUGGUAGUGAAGAUAAAUCUAUCGUUCUUUGGGAUGUCAAAACAGGAUAAUAAAAAGCCAAAUUAGAAGGUCAUACUCAUAAUGUUUUGUCAGUCUGUUUCUCUCCUGAUGGAAAUACAUUAGCAUCUGGUAGUGAAGAUAAGUCUAUUAUUCUUUGGAAUGUAAAAACAGGAUAAUAAAAAGCCAAAUUAGAAGGUCAUAGAGAUUGGGUUAGAUCUGUUUGUUUCUCUCCUAAUGGAAAUACAUUAGCAUCUGGUAGUGAAGAUAAGUCUAUCUGCCUUUGGGAUGUCACAACAGGAUAGUAAAAAGCCAAAUUAGAUGGUCAUAGUGAUUAGGUUAGAUCAGUCUGUUUCUCUCCGGAUGGAACUAAAUUAGCAUCCGGUAGUGAAGAUAAGUCUAUUAUUCUUUGGAAUGUAAAAACAAGAUAAUAAAAAGCUAAAUUAGAAGGUCAUAGUGAUUGGGUUAGAUCAAUUUGUUUCUCUCCUAAUGGAAAUACAUUAGCAUCUGGUAGUUAGGAUAACACUAUUCGUCUUUGGGAUGUCAACACAGGAUAAUAAAAAGCCAAAUUAGAUGGUCAUGGUAAUUAUGUUAGAUCAGUUUGUUUCUCUCCUGAUGGAAAUACAUUAGCAUCUGGUAGUGAAGAUAAGUCUAUCUACCUUUGGGAUGUGACAACAGGAUAGUAAAAAGCCAAAUUAGAUGGUCAUAGUGAUUAUGUUAGAUCAGUCUGUUUCUCUACGGAUGGAACUACUUUAGCAUCUGGUGGUUAGGAUAAUUCUAUCCGUCUUUGGGAUGUCAAAAUAGAAUAAUAAUAAAUAAAAUUAGAUGGUCAUAGUAAAUAUAUCAACUCAGUUUGUUUCUCAGCUGAUGGAAAGACAUUAGCAUCCGGUAGUGAAGAUAAGUCUAUUCGUCUUUGGGAUGUUACCACAGGAUAAUAAAAAGUCAAAUUAGAUGGUCAUAAAGGAUAUGUCUAUUCAGUUUGUUUCUCACCUGAUGGAAAUACAUUAGCAUCUGGUAGUUAGGAUAACUCAAUUCGUCUUUGGGAUGUCAACACAGGAUAGUAAAAAGCCAAAUUAGAUGGUCAUAGCGAUUAUGUUAGAUCAGUCUGUUUCUCUCCGGAUGGAAAUACACUAGCAUCUGGUAGUUAUGAUAACUCUAUCCGUCUUUGGGAUGUCAAAAUAGGAUAAUAAAAAAGUAAAUUAGAUGGUCAUAGCGAUUAUGUCUACACUAUUUGUUUCUCAGCUGAUGGAAAGACAUUAGCAUCUGGUAGUGAAGAUAAGUCUAUUCGUCUUUGGGAUGUUACCACAGGAUAAUAAAAAGUCAAAUUAGAUGGUCAUAGAGGAUAUGUCUAUUCAGUUUGUUUCUCACCUGAUGGAAACACAUUAGCAUCUGGUAGUGAAGAUAAGUCAAUCCGUUUUUGGGAUGUCAAAAAAGAAUAAUAAAAAACCAAAUUAGAUGGUCAUAGUGGAACUGUCUACUCAGUCUGUUUUUCACCUGAUGGAAGUAAAUUAGCAUCUGGUAGUGAAGAUAAGUCUAUUCGUCUUUGGGAUGUCAACACAGGAUAAUAAAAAGCCAAAUUAGAUGGUCAUAGUGAUUAUGUUUUAUCAGUUUGUUAUUCACCUGAUGGAAUUACAUUAGCAUCUGGUAGUGAAGAUAAGUCUAUUCGUCUUUGGGAUGUUAAAACAGGAUAAUACAAAGCCAGAUUAGAUGGUCAUAGUGGAACUGUCUACUCAGUUUGUUUGUCACCUGAUGGAAGUAUAUUAGCAUCUGCUAGUAAAGAUAAGUCUAUACGCCUUUGGGAUGUCAAAAAUGAAUAAUAAAAAACAAAAUUAGAUGGUCAUAGUGGAUAUGUUUACUCAGUCUGUUUCUCACCUGAUGGAAAUACAUUAGCAUCUGGUAGUGAAGAUAAAUCUAUCCGCCUUUGGGAUGUCAAAAAAGAAUAAUAAAAAGCCAAAUUAGAUAGUCAUAGUGGAACUGUCUACUCAGUCUGUUUCUCACCUGAUGGAAAUACAUUAGCAUCUGGUAGUUACGAUAACUCUAUCCUUCUUUGGGAUGUCAAAAAAGUAAAAUAAAAAGCCAAAUUAGAUGGUCAUAGUGGAUAUGUUUACUCAGUCUGUUUCUCACCUGAUGGAAAUACAUUAGCAUCUGGUAGUUAGGAUAAAUCUAUCCGUCUUUGGGAUGUCAAAAAAGUAUAAUAAAAAGCCAAAUUUGAUGGUCUAAGUGGAAAUGUUUACUCAAUCCGUUUCUCUCCUGAUGGAAAUAAAUUAGCUUUUGGUAAUGAAGAUAAGUCUAUCCACCUUUGGGAUGCCAAAACAGGAUAAUUAAAAGCAAAAUUAGAUGGUCAUAGUGGAUAUAUUUACUCAAUCUGUUUCUCACCUGAUGGAAAUACAUUAGCAUCUGGUAGUGAAGAUAAGUCUAUCCGUCUUUGGGAUGUUAAAACAGGAGAAUUAAAAUCUAAAUUGGAUGGGCAUAGUGAUAGAGUUUGGUCAGUCUGUUACUCUUUUGAUGGAAAUAUAUUAGCAUCUAGUAGUGGUGAUCAGUCGAUCCAUCUAUGGGAUGUUAAAAAUGAAAAAUAAAUUUCAUCCACUGACAAAAAUUAUAGAAAUAUCAAUACGUAAUUAAAAGCCCUAAUUUUUUAAAACAAUCCUAUACCAGGUAUUUAUUAUUUAAUUAUUAUUUAGGCUCUUAUUAUUCAAUUCUUGUUAUAUCUCAAGAAAUUAUAUUGGAAGCCUAAGGAACACAGAUCUUGUAAGGAGAAUUUAUUAAUCAUUAAGAGAAAGAUUUAAAACCUUUGUUCAAAUCAAAAGGAAGUUGCUUUUUAGAAGAUUUAAAGAAAAGGUGAA